GUAGUGUGAUGAAAAAUUCUUAGAAAUUUUUUUUUUUUGCUUUUUUUUUCAAGAGAGAGAUAAUAAUUUUUACCAAAAAAAUAAAAAGAGUACAAAAAAGUAGCAUCCAAGCAUAAAAGGUGUAAGAAUAACAUCAGUGCAAGCAAAAAAAAAAAAUUGCAAAUCACAAACUGUAAAAAAAAAAAUCGUCGGAAAUUGUGAAAAAAACACAGUAGAACAACAAUAUUUAAAUAUUAAGAACUAAAAAUAUUACAAGUUGAAUUAAUUUCGCAAGACAGCAGAUAACAACUCUCGUCAUUCACUCACACUAACUCUCGAAAGAAAAAAAAAUCGUUUCGUGGGAGAGAGAGAAGUAAUAAAAAGUUAGAUUAUUAUUCAAACAGAAGUUUGUGAACGGAAAACUUUUAAAAAAUGCAAAGCCAAUUAAGACGACCAUCGUUGGCGAAACGUCGCAUUUCGCUGCGUCGUAGCUCACUUAUACAGGCAACGCGCGAUCAACAAGAAGUACCAUGGGAUUUGUUUGAUCGCCUACUUGUGCCAAUUAUUUGCUGUCAGGCAGCAGCAAUCAUUCUAUCGGGCUUGCUGAAUCUUUUGCGUAUCUCUCAGGUAUCCGCCUUCGCGCUUUUUUGUUGGUUUGUCGUUGCAACCAUUGGCGCUGUGCUAUUUUAUCAUCAUUUGAAGGUGUCAGCACCCGGUAAAGCUGUUCUCAUAACGGGAUGUGAUUCGCCAUUAGCAUGGCGAUUGGCACGUAAACUCGAUGAAAUUGGAUUUGCUGUUUUUGCGGCAUUCCCGAAGCUUGAUGGCUCAUCCGAUGCAGAGAUACUAAAGGACGAGUGCUCAGGGCGAUUGAGAGUCUUGCAAUUGGAUGUCACAUCAGAAGUUCAGAUGUUGGAAGCCUCGUUGUUUAUCGCGGAAAAUCUACCAGAUGGCGCCAGCGGGCUAUGGGCAUUGUUGCAUUGCGAAAGCUUUAGUGCUUUGGGCGAACUUGAAUGGAUUCCUUUUCCCGUGUUACGGAAAGCUUUGGAUGUUAAUGUUCUUGGAGCAUCCCGUUUAACACAAAUUAUGCUUCCUUUGAUUCGACGUGCACAUGGAAGAGUAAUUUUCAUGUCUUCAGCUUUGGCGAAAAUCCCAUCCCCUGUUCGAGGAGCUCAUUGUGCGACACAAGCUGCAGUUGAGAGUUUGGCUUCAUGUUUAAAGGAAGAGCUUCGUCCUCGUAAUGUCGAUGUAGUAGUUGUCGCUGCGGGAGAAUUGGCUGCCGGAACGGCGUGGCUUAGCGAUGAAUCCAUGAUUGAACAAGCGAAAGUAAUGUGGAAACAACUCAGCGAAGAGCAACGUCACAGUUACGGCGAAGAUUAUUUCGAAGCAGCGUUACGUUCAUUGGAAAAGUUCACAGAAUACCCAGCUGAUUUAACGCCCGUCGUUCGAUGCUUGGUCGAUGCCACAACUCGAACUUUCCCAUUGCAGCGCUACACACCUGUUACGCGCUCCGAGAAAAUUCGUACCUUCAGUGCGGAAUAUUUCCCACGUUCGGUUUACGACGUCAUCUACAGCAAGAAAUAAAUUAAAUUUCUCACGACACUUUUUUUUUUCAAUAAAUAAACGAAUAAAAAUUCUUCUUUAUAGGAACACCAAAAAUUUUAUCGACAGCUUUUAUAUAUUAUUUAGUGCACUUAGUUAUAGUUUUGGAGACACGUUCGAAAGAAAGUAUCUUCCAAUUUUUGUGUUUCUCACACCUGCAUAUCGGAAAUAUUGCUCAUAAAAACUGUGUUAGGUCGAUUUGUAUGCGACAUGCCAUUAAAAAUGUAAUAAAAAAUACCAAAAUCUUGUGAAUAAAUAAAAAGUUUGAACUGUAACAGCAAUUAAUUAUUAAACGUCGCAAAAAUUUGUUAUAAAAUGUAAACUUUUUCUGUAGAACAGCAAU